AUGAAGGCCUUUGCGAUCGUGGCGCCGAUGGUAAGCACAAACUUGCAGUCAAUGGUUCGACUGGCGAAAUCAACUGCAGAGGCAUGGGACAUACUCAAGAAUUUCUUCUUGCGACAAAGUAUGCACAAUCGUGUACAGCUGCGACGGCAACUACACGAGUUCAAGUUGGCCAAGGGAGGAAGCAUAAUGGACCACUUCCUGCGAUUCGACGAGCUGUGCAUGACUAUGCAGGCCGUCGGUCAAGAACUCUCACCAGAUGAGCACUUGGUGAUACUUUUGGGUAGUCUAACGAAAGAAUAUGACCCAAUUGUCAAGAUCAUCGAGAACAUGGCUGAUGUGACACUGUUUUCUGCGAAUGAGAUGCAAAGACGGGAGUAUGAUGGGAUGGUGAGAACGGAGCACCAUGAAGUUGCUUUGAAGACAACUUAUACGUCGAGGUACAAGAAUGGACCUCGACAAUUUGGAUGA